GCGGCUGCACGGCUGCAGCCAGAGUAGUGCCGGAGGGUCUGGCUGGUGGGAACUGCGGCCAUGGACUAUAUCACUAGACCUAAGGUAGAGAACGUGAAAUUACUGGAUCGUUAUGAGGGCAAGAAACCAAUUAAUGGAAUUCUUUACCUUACUGCAACCCACCUGAUCUAUGUGGAAGAGGGUUCUUGUGCUGCAUUCCGGAAAGAAACCUGGAUUGCACUCCAUCACAUUGCCACUGUGGAGAAGUUACCUAGUACUAGCAUGGGCUGUCCUCUGGUACUUCACUGUAAGAACUUCCGGGUAGCACACUUUGUUUUAGAUUCUGACCCUGUGUGCCAGGAGGUUUAUAUUUCACUACUCAAGCUUUCUCAACCAGUGUCACCUGAAGAUCUUUAUGCUUUUUCUUAUAAUCCCAAAACCUCAAAAGGGGCAAGGGAAAAUGGAUGGAAACUGAUUGACCCAGUAUCAGACUUUGAGCGAAUGGGAAUACCCAACAGGUACUGGACCAUAACAGAUGCCAACAAAAACUAUGAGAUAUGUAGUACCUACCCUCCUGAUUUAGUGGUUCCUACAUCUAUUUCUGUGGACACAGUGAUUGCAAGUUCGAGGUUUCGAAGCAGAGAACGUGUUCCUGUGCUCUCCUACUUCUGCAAAGAAAACAAUGCUACCAUUUGCCGCUGUAGCCAACCUCUCUGUGGAUUUUAUGCUCGCUGCAUUGAUGAUGAACUCCUGCUAGAUGCCAUUAGCAGAGCAAAUCCUGGAAGCCAAUUUAUGUAUGUUGUAGACACUAGACCAAAGCUCAAUGCCAUGGCCAACCGAGCAGCUGGGAAGGGAUAUGAAAAUGAACUUAACUAUACCAACAUUCGCUUCAGGUUCUUGGGCAUUGAGAACAUCCAUGUGAUGCGGACCAGCCUACAGAAACUCUUGGAAGUUUGUGAAUUGAAAAACCCAACAAUGAGUGAAUUUCUUGUUGGCCUGGAGAGCUCAGGGUGGUUGAGACACAUUAAAAGUAUUAUGGAAGCUGGAAUUUUCAUUACAAAGGCAGUGGAGGAAGAAAAGGCCAGUGUCUUAGUCCAUUGUUCUGAUGGUUGGGAUCGGACAUCACAAGUUUGUUCGGUGGCAAGCAUCAUCCUAGACCCAUUUUAUAGGACAUUCAAAGGACUCAUGAUCCUAAUAGAAAAGGAAUGGAUAUCUAUGGGCCACAAGUUCUCUGAAAGAUGUGGCCACAUGGAAGGGGACCCUAAAGAAGUGUCCCCUAUCUUCACUCAGUUCCUAGACUGUGUUUGGCAGCUAAUGGAACAAUUUCCUUGUGCCUUUGAAUUUAAUGAAAAUUUCUUGCUGGAGAUCCAUGACCAUAUUUUUUCCUGCCAGUUUGGAAAUUUCCUUGGGAACUGCCCAAAGGAUCGAGAAGAUUUAAGAGUCCUUGAUAAAACACAUUCUGUGUGGCCUUUCUUGAUUCAGAAGAAAGCAGACUUCAGGAACCCUCUAUAUAAAGGCAAAACUAUGUAUGGGGUCCUCAAUCCUAGUGUGCUACCCUACAACAUUCAGUUCUGGUGUGGGAUGUAUAACCGCUUUGACAAAGGGCUGCACCCCAAACAGAGUAUAAUAGACAGACUUUUGGAAAUGAAGAAACAACAAACAAUGCUGGAGGCACGGGUGCAUGAAUUAGAAAAGAAACUGAAAAUCCAUGGUGAGCCACUAGAAGAAGAUGUCUAUCCCUUCCCUCAUUCAGGAGAUGCAUUAUCCCAGCAUUUGGGAAGUCCUUUGACUAGUUCUUUUGGCUUUAUGGGUAUUGAGGGAGACGUAAAUACCUUGAUGGAGAAUCGCACCCUGUCCAGGGAAGGUGGCCUUCGUGCUCAGAUGGAUCAAGCAAAAGACCAGUGUGGAGAGCCCCACCCUGACUCUUGUAAGGACAAACUUGGGGCCAUGGAUAUCUCUGGAGAUGUGAACAUCUCUGGAGACAUGAAUGUUUCUGGAGACACAGACAUUUCUAAGGGCACUGACAUCCAUGGAAUCCUGGAUAUUUCUGAGGGCUGGGGCUUCUAUGAAGAUAUAGGUCUCCCAGAAGGCCUAGUCAUCUCUAGGGCCACCAGAAAGGAGACAGGCUAUUCUGAUAAAAAAUGAGCUAUUCACUUGCCUGACUUUGUGCUAGGAGCACCUGUAGCAGCCAUACAUGUCCUUGUACCAAACAGGGUUAUGCUGCUUUCACUUGAUUUAAAUGGGUCCGAACAGGACACAUUUCCCCCCUUCAGAGUUUGGAAGGGGAUUUAGAAUGUUUACUGAUUUAAGUGGCCAGUAUUUACCUGUUAAGAAUUCCAGAGUAUAGGCAAGAGAAAGAAUGUGUUUUUCUAAAAUGAGAUUAAACUUCAGAAACAUUGCCUUUCAGCUGAGAUGUUUGUGAGAUUGGUUCUACUAUCUGUUUUCCUUAAAUGAGCAACCUCAACUACUUUACUGCCUGAAAACAAAGUGGAAAUCUUGUUACUGGAAAAUUACAACUUUAUUGAAAGGAUGGAGAUAUGAUAUUGCAAAUUUCACAAUAUUAUAAAAGAAAACACAUUCAGAUACACUGAGUCAUGGGGUGCUAGCUAAAAUUGGCAGUAUAGGUGCUUGGAGAUUUGGAACAUAGAAGUAAUUUUCUUGUUACGUUAAUCUCUCUUUUCAGCCUACACCCCAGUUCAGUUUUGUUAUAAUACUAUUUUUAGUCAAUCCAUUCUUUUAUAGCUAGCCCACAGGUAAACCUGAACCUACUAUAAAGUUUUUAGUUCUAAAUUAGUGAGAUUUAAAUAGUUAUUAAUAGCAUUAUCAGCAUCAGUCCAGGAAGCAACUUAAAACCUCAAUGCUCCGUACUUGCCUGAGAUAUUGUCUGUGUGGUUAUUUGGUUGUUUUGUAAGUCAAGCCCUUCCUUAGGAUUUCUUAUUUAAAAAAAAAAAAAGCCAUUGGUUUUGCUUAUCUAGAUAUCACCUGAAAUUUAUGGACUUUUGAAUAUAAUUGGCACUGCUUUUGAAAUCUGGUAGGUAUUUCACUUUGUCUAGAUGUCUAACUUCUUUAAAAAGUUUAUUCUUCUAGUCCAGCCACUCACAUAUAAAGGAAUGUGUUCUUUUUUAAAAAAUGAAAUUUUCACCUUGCUAUAGAUAUACUUGCUAACCUUUCUCAUCUUCCUAUUGGAUAUUCAUUCAUUGUUUCAACACUUCCACAUGCUGGACAUAGAGUGAUUUGGGCCAUGAUUUACAUAUUGUCAGCAUUUCCAAAACUAUCAAUGCCACUAUCUGAUUCAAGCUAAAAAAAAAUUAGAUGACUUAAAGAUACAUCCCUGUUGAUUGUAGUAUCCAGUUGUGAACACAGAAUUAUCUUAAGGACCAAUCACUUUGUUAGUUGCUAUUCGCUGAAAGGAAGACAUCCUUUUAGGAGUAUAAUUUAAAUGUAGAAGAGAAUAGUUGAGACAGUUAGUUGAUUUCUUACUCAAAGGUAAAUAAAUAUGGACCCCAAUAAAACAACCUUCUUUGGCCAGAGAAUUCGAAUUAAUUUUGGUUGAUCUAUUUCAUAUGUAAAUUUGAGCUAUUUUUCUACUCAUUUCCUUUGGUGGCAUUUUUCUUUCUCUUUUUAAAGAACUAGUAUGGGUCUUUUCAUUCAUAAAUAGGGACUAUUUUUCUAUCUUUCAUGUAUUGUGUGUUUGUUUUCUUUGAGACAAGGUCUCGCUGUCUAUGCAACCCGUUUCACUCAAACUCAUGGUCCUUCCCAGCCUUCCCAGUCAUGCAUAAUACCACACACACCUUUUAAAUCAUAAAGUAUUAAAAUAAUCUCUUAAAUUAAGAUCUCUUAAUGUAUCUUCUCUGAUCCCCCUCUUAACAUAAUUUGGACCUCAGUUUAUAUAACUUAAAUCAUCCUUAAUUUCCAGUUGUCUAUUUGACUUCUACAAAUAAUUGUUAUUUCUGCACAUAAUUUUGAUUUAAAGGCUAUAUCCUCACUGUACAAAGGAAGUUGUCAAAAGGAAUAUCAGACUAGGAUGUAUCACAGUGGUAAAAUGUUUGCAAUGCACAAGGGCCUGGUUUCAAUCCCUAGUACCACCAAAAAAAGAAAAGAAAAAGACAUUUUCCCGUAUCUCAAUCUGUAUUUUGCAGUGCAUAACCAGGAUGAUACUCGAUAUACAAUGUGUUGGGAGGUUUAAUUGGAAGAGAAAGAACAAAAAGGGAAAGUGGCAAAAUUUAGCUUUCAAAUCUAAUUAGAAAGCUAAUGUGAAGUCUCAUAUUUUUCCAAAGGACCUGUACAAGGGCAGUACAUAGUGCCAAAACUUAUUUAUUAGAUACAAAACAAAAUGAGUCGAUAAUGAAGAUUUUUUUCAGUACAACUCCAAACUUAGCAAUUGCACACAGCAACUCUGUUUCCAAAAGCAAAAUAAAAAAAUAUACAGACUAUUUUAUAUUUUGUUGAGUAUUUAAGGUCAUGUAAUCAGUUUUAGUGUUAGGAUCAGUGUAGUCAACUUGUUUGAUCUUCUCUACAUGACCUGUUUUGUUCAAGGAAAACCUUGAAAAUAUUUAUUUUUUAUCACCAACUACUUCUCUAUUUUUUAUAGUCAUUUAAAAAAUGUGAGGGAAGAAAAUGGUUAGGGGAGAAUCCAAAUAUAUGUGCAUUGCUAGAAGCCCAGUAAUUAUCUGCAAUUAGGAGCCCGGCAAUAGGGAGAUUUCUGAAGGAAAGUUUCAGGAAUAUUAGAAAUAUUAGAUGAUCUACUACAGCUUUUAUUUCAUACUCUCAUAGAACACCUAUGCUGUGACAGAAAUGUGACCCUUCCUCCACUGUCCUGCCCUUCCAGAUCCUCAAGCAGAAAUUCCAUUCUCAUAUGACUACCCUACUUAAAUUGGAAGGCAUUUAACCACCUGCCACUGUCUUAUCCACUAACCUGACCUCUGCUUAUUUCCUAUACAAGUUUCAUGGGCCUAAGGUCACUAUUUAUCUUUUCCAAGUAUGAGUCAGGCUCAGUUCCUGUGCUGGUGGCCAUGCUCAGAUUCUGCAUGAACCUUUUUUUUUAAGUUACUUAGUUGAUGGAAUGAUAGAUUUAUCACAAUAAUAAAGCAACCCUAAAUAAUUACUUCAGAAACAUCUAACAGGCUUGACUUUUUAAAGAAGAAAUUCAGGAAUAGGGUUGACCGUAUAAAAGAAAACCUGAAACUAUCUAGAAUCAAGAGAGCAAGAAUGUAAAGCACAUGAUACAUUUGUUGAGCACAUGUACCUUUGGGAAGUCACCAUCAGAUCCGUUGUUGACUGCCAGCAUGCAUGGAACACCUUUUGUCUGAGAUGCAUGUCUCUCACUUCACAGGAAGUGAGACAUUUCCAGUAGCCCAAGCUGCUCUGACAUUUACUAUAUAGCCUAGGGUAGCUUCAAACUCUUGACCUCCUGCCUCAGCCUCCCAAGUGCUGGAAUGACAGGCAUGAGCCUCCAUGCCUGACCUGAAUCCAACUCUUUUGAAAAGGUGCUUUCAACCAAAUUAACUUUGGCUUCAAUUUAGCAGAAACAUUUAAGGAUUCUCAUAUCAGAUUUUGGUUCCUUACUGGUUUUGUUAAACACACAAUACCUUUUCUUCAUUCUAUUAGGCUUUGAGAUAUAUAUAUAUAUAUAUAUAUUUGAUAUAUAAUCUUUUCUAUGAGAAUAUUUUAUACCAGUGGCCUUUUUUGUAAAUAGUUGUUAGGGAAAUGUAAAUUAUCUAAGAAAAAUAAUUCUCUCAAAAGAGUUUACUAUGCUCUACUUUGGUUCAUACUUGGAAGAUUGUUUUUGCUUCCUCACAUAGUUCCCAAUGAUUUAAUAAUACCUUUACCCAAAUGUUCUCCACCCUCAAGCCACUCCCUCCCAGAAAUUCAUGAUAUAGCAGACAGGAUUCAAGCCAAGUCCAGUUGCUUUCUCCUAAGUGCCAAAUCUAGACUAAAUUUUUAUAUGGAUAUUUGAAAACAAAAAGUAGACGUGGCUUAAGCCUUAAAUUUUUCCUCUGGGAUUAUUUUUUACAUAAUAUGAAGAAAUGCCUGGCCUACCAAGUGACAUAAAACAAAGGAUAAAGGGAACUACUGUGACUCAUAAAGGACUCUGGUUUUGUUAUCUUUUAAAAGCAAUUCUGUAUUUGAUGGCAACAUAGAAGCUUUUCCAAGGCAUAAAAAAAUUACCUUUCAAGCCCUACACAAUAUGUCUUCUCUGAUUCUCCGGCUGUGGGUCUGACAAUCUGUGCCUUUCCCUUAAUAGGAAGUAUUGCUAUUGUCACCGUUCAUGACAGCCAUAUCACCUUUAGAUGUCAAUGCAAGUAAAAACAUGUUACAUGCCCUGCGACUUGUCUUCACAAAAGAUGUUUGCUUUGAAAGCAGCUGUCUGAUUUAGGCCUGUGUGUCUUGCAAGAACUGAACAAAAUAUGUUCAGAAGUUGGCAUGUGUGAAACCAAUGGCUUCUAUGUUAGGUCCAGUGCUCUGUCCCUUGGUGUUUUAUAAAGCUUUGGGAGUAAACUAAAAGUUUCUUUUCCAAAGCUUUGUUGCCUUUCAAACGUUUUUAUAGCUUUAUAUUCUGACUCUGAUACUAGCCCUCCAGAGUCUCAGUUGUACAGAUAGUUACAGAAGGGAAAAGAGAGUGAUAUAGAGAUGGACCUAGCCAGUUAAGAUUGCAUGUACUCCUAGUAAAUGGAUUGUUCACAAUAAGGUGCAACGAAAAGGGUCUUCAGUUAUUAUGACUGACAUUUUCUUUCAAGGCAAUCUUUAUACUAUUAGAAACUUCUUUCAGGAAUACUAUGAAAUGUGCAUUUUCUUUGUCCGUGUGUUUUUUGCUUGAAUAUGUGCUUGUGGCUUUGGUUUUAGAGAGUCAGGGGAAGUCGGUGACUGUUAAUAUGUUUUUUGUUAGUAUGUCCUCAAGGCAAGUGACUUCUGAGCCACCGUUUUGCUUCUAUAACAAACAUCACUGGUCCCCUAGCCAGUCAGAUAAAGAAUAGUACAGCUAAGUCACUAGGUGAUAACUAUUCAAAGACCAAAUUCUCUAGUGUCACCUCCCAUAUAAUUGGCCACACCAGGUCUCAUAAUUCUCCAUCUGUAUGCCUGUAGUCAGGAUUGUUUCUAUAUUUUGUGAGCACAGAUCCUAGUUCUGAAAUAUAACAUUCUGUAUUCUAGUUUUAACAGUGCCUCCAGCUUAAGAACAGCUAACAAGUUUAGUCUUUUGAUAAGUAACUCAUAGUAAGACUAUUUGUAUACAUUUACUGUAACCAGUAGCCUCCAGUCCUAUAGGUCAUUUAGUCAUUCAGAUGAAGAGAAUUUUUCAAGACUUUGGUGUUAGACAUCUAGUUGAUAUUGUCCAGCAAAGUGCCAUAAAGUCUUUAAGACAUACCAAGGCAGAAAUACAAACCGAAGUGAAGCAAUUAAGCCUUUUCUCUAGGUUGGAUCAAUCAGGCAGCUUUAUAAGUAGACCUUAAAUAUCUGGCCAAUGUUAUGUGUAGUGUGUGUUAAUGUCAGCUACAGACAUGCAUGAACAUGCACAUGCAAUUGAUGUGCAAUGUGUAGUUUCCUUGAGAACAUGAGUUUCACUUGUUCUGGGUUUAUAAAAUGACAUGGUCACAGCAGCAGAAAGUAUGAAUUUGCCAAAAUACAGUAAUGUGAGAAAUUUACUUUCAACAUCAUGUUGAUUAUGUGUUAUGUUACGCUUGUAACAGUGCCGCAGUAUGGAUGUGUCAGCUAGUCGGGAUGUUCACUACCAAUUGUUUUGUCCACUGCCAGAGAGUUCAUUAGCUCUCUUUUGUAAUUUUUCCAAUCUGAAAAUGUUGAUUUUUUUUUGUUUAAAAUUAAAAAAACUUCAAUCUUUUG